UGAUCACGGUGUGCUGGUGAUGGAGUUAGGCAGUGGACUGAGUUUUCCUGCCACAGAGUAUCUCAGCCACAUCAUACACACUCAGGCUCUGCAGGCGUGUCCUCCGAGGUCAGUAGUGCUGGACUGCCAUCAUGUCAGCAUCAUAGAUUACACCGUGAUCAGUGAGCUCAGGGACCUGCUGAGACAGUUCCGACUGCGAGAAGUGCAGCUGGUCUUUUGCAGAUUGCAGCUCUCUGUUCUGAAGGUUCUCCUUGCAGCCGAUCUGCAGGGCUUCAGCUAUAAAGAUAGCGUGGAGGCGGCGCUGCAGAUGGAGUCGGAGCGAUUGAACACUGAUCAGUGACGUUUCUAAUCCUAGAUUGUUGAGCUGUUAUCCAGUUUAAAAGAAAUGAACUACCUCCAGGAACUGGCUUCACUGGCUGUUACAGCUCAAAAAGACUUGAAUCUACGACUUUUACAUACAUUUUUACACACAGCUGAAGGUGAUCUUUAAGGGACCAAAUCUGAAUUUACACAAUAAGAAUAGUGACAACAUUUGACUCAAUAAUGAAUGGACGGGAGAAAAGACAAUGCUUGCUCAUUAUUUAUUUAUCUAUCUUAAUGGACAUUGUAAUGGCUUUCUCUUUUUUAUGUUGAAAAAAAGGAUUAUAAUUGAUUGUAUUUUUUUUAAACAUUUACAUUGCAUAGAUAAGGUUGGGCUGCACCCUACGACCCAGUUAUAGCAAGCCGCCAUAGACCAAAGACUUGCUGUUUUCUUUGUGUAAUCUCAAUUCUAAUAGAGUGCCGGGAAAAUGUAUUUCCCCCUUCCUGGUUUCUUAUUUAUUCACAUAUUAAAGACACUGUAACACAUUCUUUAC